GAGUGAGGUAGGCAGACGACGAGCUUCCUUUAAUGGAAUGUCGAUGGAUCUGGCGUGAAUUGGCGAUGGCAUGAAGAUGUUGAAGAUGUGUCUUCUCACUGUGGCGAACCAUCUGACCCCUCCACGCCGGGGCGCUUGGCCCCGACGUGAUGAGGCCAGACGGCCGCUGGGUUUCCCCGAGUGAUUGGCCGGCCAUCUGACCCAAAGAUGGGAACUCAGGAAUACUGAGCUUCGAGCUCAGCAUCCGCCUGCAUGGCGGUCAUGUCGGCGUACGAAACGACCGCACGACUCCGCCGGGAGCGACGGCUGCCCGCAGGCGCCUCGUUCUCCUUCUCCUCCUCCACCACCACCCUCUCCUUCCUCGCUCUCUUCGCCCUUUUCGGCGGGCUCUCCUCUUCUUCAUCCUCCUCCUCCUCCUCAUCAUCAUCAUCAUCGUCAUCCUCCUCGUCGUCCGAGACGAGGAACUUCUCCUUCUUCUCCUUCCUCUUCCUCUUCUUCUGCUGCUGCUGCUUCUUCUCCUUCUUCUUCUCUUUCUUCUUCCUCGGCCCUUUGGCCCUCGCCUGCCGGGCAGCUUUCAUCUCCGACAAAGUCAUUGGCAUGAAGCCGGGAUCUGCCAGACCCGGCAACAAAGGGGCGGGAGAGCUGACCCGCACGGCGGGCAACACCACGGGGGCGACAGAAGGCCACGACAUCUUGAUGUCGACAAUUUCGGGCGGCAGCAAAGAGCACUCGACAAACUUGUUCUCUGCGGUCGUAAGACCGAGCGUGGUGUUGAUUUCGGCCCUGCAAUACACAUCAGCAUACAACGCACGUCAUCAUCCAAUGCACCGCUUGCAUAUCGCUCCACUCGACUCGACUUACAUCUUGCCCUCCGUGCAUGAAAAAGAAAAUGUUGAGAGGCCCGAAAAAGCUCGGUCACGUUCGGCCCCGCUCCACUCGCCUGAGGAAGGCGCGCGACGUCGUGGAGGAAGGCGCGAUGCCAAUACCAUGCAACUUUUGGCAAGAACCCCCCACGUUUUAACCUCACCGAAUACAUCUUCAGCAAAGGCUUCUUCACUGGUUGGAUUGCGAUUGGUAUCUUUUGGCUGUUUUGCUCCGGCUUCUGCGUCGGAGUUUAUCCAAUCUGGGAAGGUCGACAUACAAGCUCGCGGAUGGUCAAGUACAUUCUCAUGGAUGUCUUUGGGAAAGGAGCACCUGUCCUCCACGGUCGGGCGACCAAUAUUGAGGAGAGCUCGGACGGAGAUGAGAAAGGGGAUGUGAAAGGGGUUCAUGUCCAACCAGAGAAGACGAUGGAGGGGUGAUGAUUUCAGGAGUGAAAUGAACGGC